GAAAAAGCCUUCGUCUUUCUAAUCUCCACAUCUCUCUCUCUCUAGAGCGCGUCCCUGCGCGUCGUUCACUAUGUUCUUAUUGACACCAUUGAAAAAUUGAUUUAAAAUCGGAUUGAACUAAAAACAGAUAAAAACUUUGUAUUCCCUAUUAAAAAAAAUCGACCUUCCCUCAGAUCUUGACGAGAUUCCGCAUCUGAGAGCAACAAAAAUGCAAUCCGACAAUGGAAAGCUAUUCAUCGGAGGGAUAUCAUGGGACACUAACGAGGAACGUCUCAAGGAGUAUUUCAGCAGCUUUGGUGAAGUGAUCGAAGCUGUGAUCUUGAAAGACCGUACCACUGGUCGUGCACGUGGCUUUGGCUUUGUAGUCUUUGCUGAUCCAGCUGUUGCAGAGAUUGUUAUUACCGAAAAACAUAGUAUUGAUGGUAGAUUGGUUGAAGCGAAGAAAGCUGUUCCAAGAGAUGACCAGAACACAGUAAGAAGCAACAGCAGUAGCAUCCAAGGAUCACCAGGCGGUCCAGGAGUUAGGACAAGGAAGAUAUUCGUUGGAGGGUUACCUUCUUCGGUCACAGAGAGCGAAUUCAAGACCUAUUUUGAGCAGUUCGGGACAACUACCGAUGUGGUUGUUAUGUAUGACCACAACACACAGAGGCCUAGAGGUUUUGGAUUCAUAACUUAUGAUUCCGAGGAAGCCGUUGACAAAGUAUUACUCAAGACGUUUCAUGAACUUAAUGGUAAAAUGGUUGAGGUUAAGCGAGCUGUUCCGAAGGAGUUGUCUCCAAGUCCAGCUCGUAGCAGUCCUCUUGGUGCUGGUUAUAGCUAUGGGGUUAAUAGGGUUAAUAACCUAUUGAAUGGGUAUGCUCAAGGGUUUAGUCCUGGUGGAGUUGGAGGCUAUGGGCUUAGGAUGGACGGCCGGUUUAGUCCGGUUGGUGCUGGGAGAAGCGGGUUUGCGAAUUUCGGUUCUGGUUAUGGGAUGAAUGUGAAUUUUGACCAGGGUUUGCCCACAGGGUUCAAUGGAGGUACAAGUUUUAAUGGAAACUUAGACUUUGGUAGAGGAAUGAGCCCUUACUAUAUUGGGAAUACAAACCGGUUUGGCCCUGCGGUUGGUUAUGAAGGAGGCAAUGGAGGAGGAGGAGGAGGAGGAAGCUCAUCUUUCUUCAGUUCAGUUACACGGAACCUAUGGGGAAACAAUGGUGGUCUUAACUAUAACAACAACGCUACAAACUCAAACUCAAAUACAUACAUGGGAGGAGGAUCAACAAGUGGUAACAACACACUUAGCGGUCCAUUUGGAAACUGGGGUGCUCCUGGAGGAGGAGGAGGAGGAGGAAACAAUGGUGUUAGUAACGAGAAUGUGAGGUUUGGUUAUGGAGGAAACGGUGAAUCUGGUUUUGGGUUGGGAACUAGACACAUAGGGCCUAGCAAGGCAGCACCAUCAUCUUCAUUCUCUUCUGCCUCGGUAACCAACAACACUGGUUAUGAAGGAGCAGGACUUGCAGAGUUUUAUGAGAAUGGUGCAGUGUAUAGUGAUCCCACAUGGAGAUCAUCAACUCCUGAGACAGAAGGUCCUGCUUCUUUUAGCUAUGGGAUUGGAGGAGGAGGAGGAGUAGGUCCUUCAUCGGAUGUUUCAGCUAGAAGUUCAUCUCCAGGUUAUGUUGGCAGUUACAGUGUGAACAAGAGGCAACCAAACAGAGGCGAGCCAUUACGGUGAAGGAUCUGUUGUGUCUUUUUGGCGAAUCUUUUAGAUUAUCUUCUCUCCUUCAUACAAAGCUUAUGAGGACAAAAACUUGAUCACAUCAUCAGCUAGAGGCUUGAGUUAACCAGAAAAUCCCAAAGAUUAUGGUUUGGUUUAAAUUCAUUGGUCCUCUUAGGC